UCUUGCGCCCCUCCCCCCUUUUGCACCAAAGACUGCACACUUGCGUGAGUUCGUGUCACGUCUCUCCAGCUUUUCUUGAAGUUUUAGCCACCGAGAAGACAAGACAACAUGCCUCCUCUGAACCUUGGAGAUGAGAUGCCCAACGUGGCCAUCGUGACCAACGAAGGGUCCAUGAAGAUGCACGAGUUCAUGAAGGAUUCUUGGAUCAUUCUGUUCUCUCACCCGCGUGACUACACCCCGGUGUGUACAACAGAGCUGGGCAGGGCCGCUAACCUGGCUCCGGAGUUCAAGAAGAGGGGAGUCAAGAUGAUCGCCCUGUCCUGCGAUGACGCUGACAGCCAUAAUGGAUGGAUCAAGGAUGUGCAGUCCCACGCUAACCACGUGGGGGACUUCCCGUACCCGAUCAUCGCGGACGACAGCCGGGAGAUCGCCAAGUCACUGGGUAUGAUCGACCCGGACGAGUCUGCCGGUGCUGGCAUGCCGCUCACAUGCAGGGCUGUGAUGAUUUUUGGCCCAGACAAGAGGCUGAAACUGUCCAUGCUGUACCCUGCCACUACAGGCAGGAACUUCACUGAGAUCCUGCGUGUGGUCGACUCUCUGCAGCUCACAGCUACUAAGAAGGUGGCCACUCCUGUAGACUGGAAGGUUGGAGACAAGUGCAUGGUGGUGCCCAGUGUGAAGAAGGAGGAGGAGGCCGGCCUAUUCCCCAAGGGGGUGGAGACUCUCAGUGUCCCCUCCGGAAAGGGCUACCUGCGCAUGACCCCCAUGCCGGAAUAAAUGGUUUCUCCCAACCUUCAACCACCCAAAACCAAAUCUGGCUCCAGUCUUGUUUUUGAGACACUGUGGCACUCAGCCUUAUAUGAUUAACUCUACAACAAGGCAAUAUGCUUUAGCAUUGCCAAUGCAGAUAUACUAAUAGUCUAGAUUAUAUGCUUAGGCCUAGGGAAAAAAUGUUGUGUUUCCUGUUCCUGUUUCCUAGGACUUAGCAUUGCCAAUGCAUAUAUAGUCUAGAUUAUAUACCUACAUAAUCUCAGCUUCUUUUUGAGUUGUACAUUUUGCAUCCUUCCAAAGAUACUAAAUCAGACUAAGUACAAUCAAAACAAAAAAGAUAGCUGCUAGCCUAACAACUAUUUUUGAUUCAGAAGAGUGUCUAUAUAAAACUCUAUCCCUUAACCCUUACUAACUAGGAUUUGUGUGGGAUUUGUACUAAUCUGAAUGAAUAAAUAAUAUAAAGAAGUGAGUUAGGGUAUGGGCACAGAAGGUUAUAAUUAUGCCAUUGGCAUUGGAAGGGUUUGAAUGAAUAACAUCCUAAUACUGAAAUUUUUAUCUGAUAAUCGGCUUUUUCCAAACGGUGAAAACACAUCAGCCCUCAAAGUGAGUGCCUAUCAAUUCUGCUAGUUAGUUAUUUUAGUUAAUUCUGAUUCAGGAGGAAAUCAUGUUGUGUACUAGGUAACCACAGGCUCUUGCCAUCUUGUAAGGAAGUUCCUACAUAUAAUACAAACACAGCCUUCAUUCAAUCUGUACUCAGCUGCCAAAUCAUUGUGAAAACUGACCUUGUGUAACCCCAAAGAGUCUUAAGCUGCUAACAGAUUUAGAAUCGGUCUCACCCUGGUGUUUUCACCAGAGUUGGUCUCACCAUGGAGUUUUGCUGUGAUGGUCCUGGGCUCAUCCAACAAAAUGAAGCAUUUUUGUGAUUGCUUAGCAAAGGAAUGGAUGGAUCUAACAACACAGAGACCAGUAAAGUACAAGAAUAACAUCUCUACAAAAGUAUGAGUUACAAAUUACAACUGUACAGCUUUCUGAUUGGCUUGCUGUUUGUAUGCCAACAUGGCAGCCCCAGCUCAGAUUACAUGGAAUAGCUAACAUGCUCUUGUGAUGGACAGUAUUUUUCAGCUGUUUGAAAUAAAGGGAGUGCCCACAAUUUCAA